AUGCUUUCAGAUUCUAAUAAAAGCUUAUUUUACUCUCGUUAUCAACCUUAUGAUCGACGAAAAAGGACUGAACGAGGAAUGAACGUCACCCUUACAACUGAAGAAUCAGAGUUAUGCAAUUUUUUAACUCUCGUAACUCUAUACUUGAAGGAAAACUGCCCAGAGCUUCCUUUGGUUGAAUUAAGAAUAGCUGGUGGUUGGGUUCGCGAUAAACUACUUGGUUAUGAAUGUAACGAUUUAGAUAUCGCGAUAAAUUCAAUGACGGGUUAUGAAUUUGGUGAACAUGUUUAUAAUUUUUUGAAACUUAAGGAAUACGCUGCUGAAAAUAUUCAUAAAAUUGAAUCAAAUCCUCAAAAAUCAAAACAUUUGGAAACCGCUACAACAAAAAUUUUUGGUCGUGAAGUAGACUUUGUUAACUUGAGAAGUGAAGAAUAUAUAGAAGAUAGUAGAAUCCCUAGUAAAAUUUCUUUUGGUACUCCUGAACAAGAUGCGUAUCGUAGGGAUCUAACAAUUAAUGCGUUAUUCUAUAAUAUUCACACGCGUCAAAUUGAAGACCCUACAAAAAAGGGUAUCACUGAUUUAAAAGAAGGCCUUAUUCGAACACCUUUAGAGCCUUAUGAAACCUUUAAAGAUGAUCCACUUCGCGUUCUAAGAUGCAUAAGAUUUGCAAGUAGAUUUGAUUUUUCAAUUAACGAAACAAUUUUUAUCGCUGUUAAGGAUGAACAAAUUAAAAAAGCGAUUAGUGCAAAAGUAAGUCGUGAACGUAUUGGAAUGGAAGUGGAUAAAAUGAUAAAAGGUCCUCAUCCAGCUUUGUCAAUUAAACUUAUUCAUGAACUGGGUUUAUAUGAAGUUAUAUUCGCCCCUCCGCAAGAUUAUCACGGAACUCUAGAUGAUCCAAAGACUGCUGUUUGUCUUGCAAAAAUUUUGGAAUGGCUCUUGUUAACAUCGAAUGAAAAUCAUCUUCACGUAAACCUCUCAUCACGAACACCUGAAGAUAUUAGGACUCUUUAUCUAGCAUCAUUUUUAGCACCACAUAAAACCAUAGAAAUUUUAUCAAAAAAAAAGAAUUAUUCUAGUUUCCAUCACGUUGUUAAAGAAAGUCUUAAAUUGAAGAGUUCGGAUGGUGACAUAACGAAUAAAUUAUUUUUUUUUAUUGAUCAAAUCACUACUGUUGCGAAUCAAAAUCUGAUUGCUUCGUUAAAUAGAAAGUCCCUUGUGAAAGAACCGUACAAAAUUAUUGAAAAAUAUAAUAAAUUGGUUGAUUUUAUAAUUGAAUUGAAUUUACAAAAUUGUUUUAAUGAAAAGCCUAUUAUUAAUGGCAAAGAAAUUGCAUGUUUAUUAAAUAUUAAACAGGGUGUAAUAAUAGGUGAAAUUCAAAAGUCGGUAAUAGACUGGCAAUUGGAAAACCCUGGUGGAAGUAAAAAACAGUGUGAAGA